AUGCAGGGGGCAGGGGGGCGCACGGUCAGGGGGCGGCUGCACAAGCAGCUGGAUCUGGAGCUGAAGCAGGCCAAGCAGGCUGAAGCCAGGCUCAGCCAGCACCUGCAGAGACUGGAGCAGACCUACCGGUACCAGCUGAGGAUGCUGAGCUGGGAGCAGAGACAGCUGCAGGGACACCUGCAGAGGCUGCAGCUAGCAGAGAUCAUCCAGAAAAGGGGCUCCUCCUACCUCGGGAACGGAAUUCAGAAGAGACCAGGAGCUGCUCCCCAGCGCCCGCCGCAGGGAGGGGAGCCAGGGGUCCCGCGGGCCCCGGCGGGCAGAGCACUGGCAACAACCACACCCCAAGAAGUACACAGAGCUGGGUCCCAGGGGCCCCCUCCAUGUCACACUGGCCUCGAGGACCCCGCAGACAGCAAGGAGCCAUCGAUGUCUCAAGGCUGUGCGCCCUCUCGUGUCCCCGAAGAGCCGCCAGCAGACCAGGCCGCCCCCACCGACGCCCCAGACCCAGGCCCCGGCCCAGCAGGUGGCCGUGGAGAGGCUCAGGGUGAUGAGGCCGGGUCAGAAGACGGGAACCUGCAGCCAGACCUCCGCAACGAGGAGCACGUGUCCCCGAGGGCCCCUGCGUGCGCGGGACACCUAAGUGGCCAGGCCUCAGCCGCCUCCUACCUCGAGCUGUCCGCAAAGGCUGCAAACGCCCACUACCUGCGGCACAGGGUGCCCCCCGAGUUCGAGAGGCUGCUCAGCAUUGCGGAGAUUUUCGGGCACAGGGAUCCUGCGACCCAGAGCGGGCCGGCGUCUGCGCCACCUCCUCUCUGA